CAAAGGUUUUAGUCGACCGGUCUAAGUUGAUCAUAUUGGUGAGUGUAGUCCUAUAUGUCAUUUCUAUUGCAAAGAGAGGAACACUUUCGAACAAACGGACAAGGACAAAACUAUCACAACAACGGGAUACCAGCACAGAGAAAGGGGACCAGCACACAACAGCACAGCGUUUUACUACAACUAUGGAUUGUGAAAAAUUCAGUCGCUUACUCCAGUCUGAAAAUUUGGGAGAAUUUGCAGAUUCUCUGUUUAAGACUGAUGAUUGUCAAAGCAAGGAGGAGGAUGCUUCCAAGAAUUCACUAAAACCAAGAGUGGAGACUUCGAGACUCAAAGGGAAAUGUAAACAAACACAGACCUUGUCAGAAAUGACUGACCAGCAGUUAGAGCAGUACAAACAUUCACCCGAGACGGAGCUGGCAGAUCUAGUAUGUAGUGCCUGCAAGACAGACAACUUCUCAGAGCUCAAGGAUUAUCUAGAGGUUGUGGUAGCUGUUGACCCUUCAGUGAUUAACGAAACAGACAGUGCAGGGAUGACGGCCCUUCAUUUCGCCGUGUCCUGUAAACAUCUGCAUGUAGUAAGCAUGCUGAUGAAAUACGGUGCUGAUAUAAGAAUCCCUGAUGGACUUGGGUUCACUCCCUUGUUUCUGACCACAGGGCGUUAUCCAUGUGAAAAAGUGACUGAGUUUCUGCUAAAGAGCUGUAAAGUUUCCGAUGUCAACCACCAGACCAAAACUGGGGCCACGCCCCUCCACGGGGCAGCUCUACAGGGAAAUCUGGGUUGUAUCAAGUUGCUGCUGGAACAUGGAGCUGACCCCAAGCUGGAGGAUGAAGAUGGCACCACAGCCCUGGAACUGGCCAAGGAUAGUGCAACAAAAGCAGUCCUACACAUGUACCUAAUCCAGUCAGAUAUCAAACGGGAUACAGUUGAUGCUGUAUGUGUGCAAUGUAAACAGAUUCCAAAGGAAGGUCUAAAGCGCUGUGGGGCUUGUCAUGUGACCAUGUACUGUGGCAAGGCGUGUCAGGUUCGUCAUUGGCGGGAGGGCGGACACAAGAGAAACUGUCCAGGAUCUGUGAUUGCCAGACCAUUCCGUGUGGGGGAGGACCCAAGCCAAAACUGUGUCCAGGUGUCAUUUUACAGGGUCAUGGGGUCAAACAAACCAAAUGUCAAGGUCUUCAAAAGGACAGCAAAGGAUGCUAUCCAGAAAAUGAAAUUCAUAGAGAAGAAGAGAUUUGUGGUCAAAGUUCAGCUGCCUUUAAAUGCAGUGGGUAACAGUGAGAUGAUGGUUUACAAUGCUGACAGAACUGUUGAAGGAUAUGUCUAUCCUAAUGAACCAGGGUAUUCAAACCUGCAGAAAAAGAUUCAGGUAGAUGGAUAUCGUGGAAUUAAGGCGUUUUUCUGGGCGGAACUGACAGAUAAAAAUGAUGGAACCUUCCGCAUCUUUGGUGGAAAAUGUGCUCCCUACCAGACUUGGUGAAACAAUGGCUAAGGGUAGUAAUACUCCUUGUUGACCAGGGAUCGACAGAAUAUUAAAACUUGUAUUACCAAUAAUUAGACGUCAGCUAAAGGUGAUGUGCUUUAUACUCACAGUCUUAUGUCAAUUUUGGAGGUCACAAUCCUUUUCACCUAAUAGUGAAAGAUUUUGAGUUAAAUGAAAAAAAAUUCAAUUGUUAUGUAAUUGAAAAGUAGCUUGAUAUAAUUUAAAAAGAAUGUGACUAGUUUGAAUGAUGCAUAUUUUUGGAAAUUAUUUUUUGAAUAAUGCAAAGUAGCAGUUUGGAGAGCAGUGCUUUAUUUUUUUACUCUGAUUUUUUCUUAUUUAUUUCUAUUACAAAUUUCUAGAUCAUAUCUUUUUUUU